GUAAUGUUUGUUAUCUUUAUCAUCCAGAUUUAGAUCAUCAUUAGUAUAUAUAAGCAUAAUCGCAUGUUUGCAGACCAUAUAGUUGAAUAGUUCUUAGCAAAACAAGAAGAAAUGACAUCACUGCUGAAAAUUUCGCUCUUGAUUUUUCUACUUCUGCUAGCGAUUGAUCAAGGGCAUGCUUUGGAAUGUUAUACAUGUAUAGCUACGCGUUAUGAACACAAUAGAUGCCAAAGAUAUGCGACCAAACACAGUCUUCCAGUAAUCAAAUGCCAUGAAAAUGCAACACAUUGCGUCUCUUUCUUUAACGAUGAUAUCGUUGCCAGAACAUGUGGAACAGCUCACACUUGUGAUGAAACCAACUCAGUAGAAUGCCAUUUGUGUACUGAAAGCUAUUGUAACUUUCAUAAUAUGUAUCGAAGACGGUAUAUACGACAAGCAGAAAACAAUGAAGCAACGAAUACCACAACUACAACAGCUCAAUCUGAAACUACUACGACUACUGCAAAUGCUCAAAAUUCUUCAACUACAAUUUCUUCUACGGCUGCUGCGAAUGCACAAACUUCUUCAUUUACAACGUCUCCAAGUACUGGAUCAACCACUACAGCUGCAAACACGGACACGGACACUGCAUCAUCUGACGCUCCCUCUACAACUUCCAAUCUAGAACAAACAGCGCCAACACAAGAAAGUACAAGCACUGCAACGAGUUUGUUCCAAAGUGUAUUUACUAUCUUUGUUAUAGUUAGUUUACUAUGUAUAUUCUAAAGGACUCAAUAUUUAAUGUAAUAAAUAUAUUAUUUAAUAUAAUGUAUUGUAUAGUUAUUGUUCUAAUUAAACGUUAAAUAAAGA